GAACUUCUCCAACUUCCACCACGGGGCUCCUCCUUCCAACAUACUCCGGAAUUGAACUUUCUUGUUCUGUUCCACGUUCCCAAGAAAGUCCAUCAUGGCUAGCAGCUUGCGGAUUUUGGUCCCCGUUAAGCGGGUGAUCGAUUAUGCGACCAAGCCCCGCAUCAACAAGGCGCAAACCGGUGUCGAGACCGCCGGCGUCAAGCAUUCCCUGAACCCAUUCGACGAGCUCUCCAUCGAGGAGGCCGUGCGAUUGCGCGAGCGCAAGGGCCCUCUCAAGGUUGAGAACAUCCUGGCCCUGUCCGCCGGUGGCCCCAAGACCCCCGAUGUCCUGCGUACCGCCAUGGCCAUGGGCGCCGACCGUGCUUUCCACAUUGAUGUCCCCGAUUCAGCAGCGGGUGGCCCCGAGCCGCUGACCAUCGCCAAGUUGCUGAAGGGUGUUGUUGAGAAAGAAAACAUCAACCUUGUCCUCCUGGGCAAGCAGGCUAUCGAUGGUGACCAGGGUCAGACCGGCCAGAUGCUGGCUGGUCUGUUGGGCUGGCCCCAGGCCACCCAGGCCAGCAAGGUCGAGGUAAAGGACGAGGCUGGUACCGUCGAGAUUACCCACGAGGUUGACGGAGGUGUCGAGACUCUCCGCGCCAAGCUGCCCUUGGUCAUUACAACCGAUCUGCGGUUGAACGAGCCCCGCUACGCUACCUUGCCCAACAUCAUGAAGGCGAAGAAGAAGCCUUUGGAGAAGAAGACCCUCGCUGACUUUGGCGUUGAUGAUACCCGGCGAUUGAAGACCAUCAAGGUCACCGAGCCCCCAGCUCGCACUGGUGGCGGCAAGGUCGAGGAUGUGGAUGGCCUCGUGUCGAAGCUGAAGGAGCUUGGAGCCUUGUAAGCGGGAUGGAUGACGCGGUUGCCUUGUUAUAUUUUUGUCCCAUGUGUUUCUAUACCAACGAACGAUCCAGCUAGAUUUGGACCUUGUUUAUUUCAACAUUCUGAUGCCUUCUCAUGAUCAUAUUGGCUGGCGUGACAUAGCUCUGCAUUUGGGCUAUUCUAUCAAAUAAAUUCAAAAGAGCUUUAAGGAACUACAUUCGGUAGCAAGAUAGGUCACCAUCUUUCCGCAUGUUCGCUAAUUGUAAUUCUUUU